CACCCCUUUCACUAUAUACCUGUCAUUUGUUUCGAUUGCUAGUGUAACUACAUCAACAAGCUUCCAUUCGGAAUGGGUAAAAGAAAGGAUUCUUCGGUUCAAGAGGAAGACAUGGAAGUAGACGAUGAACAACAGCAACAAAAUCAAGGCAACUCUUCCUCUUUAUCCAAUGAUAAUAGCUUGUAUGAGAUUCUUGGGGUUGAAAGAACAGCAACUCAACAGGAGAUAAAGAAGGCAUACCACAAGUUGGCACUGAGAUUACAUCCCGAUAAGAAUCCCGAUGAUGAAGAUGCUAAAGAAAAAUUUCAGCAACUUCAGAAAGUUAUAUCAAUACUUGGUGAUGAGGAGAAACGAGCACUUUAUGAUCAAACUGGUUGUAUCGAUGACGCUGAUCUUGCUGGUGAUAUGGCUCAAAAUUUGAAGGACUUCUUCAGAUCCAUGUACAAAAAGGUCACAGAGACUGAUAUUGAAGAGUUUGAAGCUAGCUAUAGAGGAUCUGAAUCAGAGAAAACUGAUUUAAUUGAUCUUUACAACAAAUACAAAGGUCACAUGAACAGACUAUUCUGUUCCAUGCUAUGUUCAGAUCCUAAACUUGAUUCACAUCGAUUUAAAGAUAUCAUUGAUGACGCAAUUUCUUCAGGAGAGUUGAAGUCAACCAAAGCAUAUCAGAAAUGGGCUAAACAGGUGUCCAACACAAAACCACCCACAAACUCAUUACGUCCUAAGGAGAAAUCGAAAAAAGAGUCAAAUGAUCUAUAUGCGAUAAUUUCACAAAGACAAAGUGAGAGAAAAGGACGUUUGGAUUCGAUGUUUUCAUCUCUAGUUAGUAAAUACGGUGGAGGGCAACCGAGUGAAGAGCCGAGUGAAGAAGAAUUUGAGGCUGCAAGGGAAAAGCUUGAAAAACGCAAGGGUAAUAAUAGAAAGUCUAAACAGAAUAAGUAAAGUUUUUAAGAGCUCUAGCCUCUAGUGUGCGUGUGGAACUCAAUGGCAUUUUCGUGAUUUGUAAGAUAGUUGUUUGGUAUUGUGGAUUUUACUUGUUUCAUUGAUUGUUAAUUAUGUACAAUUAUUUUUGUUUUGUUACAAAGCUUUUUUGGUCUCUUUAAAUGUUUUAUGUAUUGUCACUUUGGAUUGUUUUCCAUUAUUGAAGUUAGAGUGAAUUAUAUAAACGGUCCUUGUGGUUUUUGUCA